UUCUAGAUUCCUCCCACCAUAGACAUCAUGAUCAAGCUCAGCUAAUUGAGACCUUGUAGGGAAAAGGGUGUUCCUUAGCAAGGCCUUAUUUUUCCAGGAGCAAUAUGGGAGUGCUGUUGUCUAGUGUAGGAAGUCUGUGCAGAUUAUUAAGGCAGUAAUAGUCACGUGGAGAGAGGGGAACGAGGUUUAAAAAGCUCCUUACUGUCUAGGCUACAGCUUCAGCUCCCAGAGAGACUGCCGUCCUAGAGUGGUGGAACCAAGAAGGAGGAAUUCCCCUUCGGUCAUCAUCCUCUUCCCCAUAGGUACCAGGGAAUGGGACAGAGACAUCCUCAGUGCUACCUGGCGAGGAUGAACAAACAGCUCCAGCCCGACCGCAAAGUGUCGGUGGUGGCCCCUUUGCCGGAGCGCAAGGAAGGGCCGAGGAAGGACGUGGAGCUUAUCCUGGUGAAGGAACACAACGGGGUGCAGUACACGAGCAGCAGCCUCCUGCCCGCCACCCCCGCGCCGCGCUACGGCACCCAGGACAGGGAGACCUGGGGCAAGAAGAUCGACUUCCUCCUCUCCGUCAUCGGCUUCGCCGUGGACCUGGCCAACGUCUGGCGGUUCCCCUACCUCUGCUACAAGAAUGGAGGGGGUGCUUUUCUUAUUCCCUAUAUCCUCUUCCUAAUCAUUGCUGGAAUGCCCCUGUUCUACAUGGAAUUAGCACUUGGACAGUAUAAUCGAGAAGGGGCUGCCACUGUGUGGAAAAUCUGUCCACUUUUCAAAGGUGUAGGCUAUGCAGUGAUACUCAUAGCUCUUUACGUGGGUUUCUACUACAACGUUAUCAUAGCUUGGUCUCUGUAUUAUUUAUUUUCAUCAUUCACAUUUGAGCUCCCCUGGACAAACUGCGACAACAGUUGGAACAGCCCAAACUGUACAGAUCCCAAACUCUUCAACGCAUCAGUGCUUGGCAAUGGUACCAAAUACUCAAAGUACAAGCUCACUCCUGCAGCUGAAUUCUAUGAGCGAGGAGUUCUGCACCUGCACGAAAGCCGUGGAAUCCAUGACCUUGGCUUGCCUCGCUGGCAACUUUCCCUCUGCCUCUUGGUGGUGGUAAUCAUUCUUUUCUUUAGUCUGUGGAAAGGCGUGAAGACUUCUGGAAAGGUUGUUUGGAUAACAGCCACUUUGCCUUAUGUCGUGUUAUUUGUCUUGCUAAUACAUGGAAUAACCCUGCCUGGUGCAUACAAUGGAAUAAACGCAUACCUGCACAUAGAUUUCAGAAGAUUAAAAGAAGCCACAGUAUGGAUUGAUGCAGCUACUCAGAUAUUUUACUCCUUAGGAGCCGGUUUUGGUGUUUUAAUCGCAUUUGCCAGCUACAAUAAGUUUGACAACAACUGUUACAGGGAUGCUUUGCUGACUAGUACCAUUAAUUGUGUCACAAGCUUCAUCUCAGGAUUCGCAAUUUUCUCCAUAUUGGGCUACAUGGCUCAUGAGCACAAAGUUAAAAUUGAGGAUGUAGCCACUGAAGGAGCUGGUUUAGUUUUCAUCCUGUAUCCAGAGGCAAUUUCAACUCUUUCAGGAUCUACAUUUUGGGCUGUGGUAUUCUUCAUCAUGCUCCUUACUCUCGGCAUCGACAGUUCUAUGGGCGGAAUGGAGGCUGUCAUCACUGGCUUGGCAGAUGAUUUCCAUAUUCUUAAACAGCAUAGAAAGCUCUUCACGUUUGGUGUUUCUUUUGGCACUUUCCUACUUGCUCUCUUUUGCAUCACCAAUGGUGGAAUUUAUGUGCUCACCCUUCUGGACACAUUUGCAGCUGGAACUUCAAUAUUGUUUGCUGUUCUAAUGGAGGCAAUUGGAGUUUCCUGGUUUUAUGGUGUGGAUAGAUUCAGUGAAGAUAUCCAACAAAUGAUGGGCUUCAAGCCAGGUCUCUACUGGAGAUUGUGCUGGAAAUUUGUUAGCCCUGCUUUUUUAUUGUUUGUCGUGAUAGUCAGCAUAAUAAAUUUCAAACCUCUGACCUAUGAUGACUACACCUUCCCUCUCUGGGCAAAUCGCAUUGGCUGGGGAAUAGCAUUAUCUUCAAUGAUACUUGUGCCUGCCUAUAUUAUCUAUAAAUUUAUGAAUGUGCGUGGGACCUUUAAAGAAAGACUAGCUUACUGCAUCACACCUGAAAAUGAGCACCAACUCGUGGCCCAAGGAAAUAUCAGGCAGUUUAAGCUUCAACACUGGCUAACAAUAUGAAAACCAACAAGUUAAGGAAAAAGCCAAUAUGUUAAGCUAAACUGGGAAUACAGAAAAGUCAAGUUCAAAGCUCCCUCAAAUAUGCUUGGACCAGGCUGGCUCAAAGCUUAUCUACUGACUCUCUGAGGGAAGACGUCUGCUCUGUCCUCAAUGCCUCCCUUCUAUUACUUGGCUUCAAAUGAUCUUUAAAGACUCUGUUUAAUUUUCCUUACAUCCUUUGGUGCCAUAAGAUCCCUACAUGACCAAAACUUGUGAGUUCUGCUGUUGGCAGAAAUGGAGGAGGGGGAAGCAGAGAAAAAAAAGCAAUCAAUGUAAAUUAAAUGCUCUUUUAUCAUGAAGAAGUGAAUUAAACUUUUCUGACAGUAAUAAUUACUUCAGAUACUCAUGCCACGACCUAUUUUAAACCAACAACACCUGAACGUUCUUAGAUCUAAGAAAAGAGUACAUCUCAUUAUGAGGAAAGAACAACUUUACGUACUAAUGUCAUUAGCUUUCUUGCCAAAAUAUCCUUUGGGAUACGAGUUUGCAUCCUUCUGAAGUGAAGACUCAGUGCUUCAUCUUCAGUGGUUUGUUAUUAGUUUCUUCUCUUGGUGAAGAGGGUUGUCCUUGCUGUCUGUAAAUGUCCAUGCCAUUAUCUGUGCAGUUUGAUUAUACAAGGAGAAGAGCAGCAGGAACAGAAUUCACAUUAUAGCUAAGUACAGAAUACGGUUUAAUGCCAUGUUGUACUUAGUGAGAACAUUCUUUUAUAUCAACAAUUAAAUUGCUUUAUCGUAUGAUCCAUACUCCACAGGCUUUUUCAGCUAAGUAUGAAAGUUACAUGCAAAUAGACAGACUUUCAUCUUUUUGUCACAUUUUGUUCCAAAUAAAGAAUGUAAAACACAUAGGAAGACAGAGUGAUUUUUAGAAUUGCAUAAUCUACAGACUCACCAAAAUACCAAACCUUGGCUUUAUUCUUCUGCAGUGAACAUGCUAUUAUUAUAAUCUAACCUCGAUACACUUAUCAAACCAAGGUAAAAUUGUGUUGAAUAAUUCAAAAGGAUAUUUUAAGCAUUCUCCGCUCUCUAAGCCCAUUCCAGGUCUUCUCUCUGGUAGCAUUAUGCAAGAUAGAAGAUACAGAACAAACAUUCGGUGCUGUUCUUAUUCUGUGGUCACUCACCACUGUAGUAUCUUCCCAGUGAUCACUGGAAGAGAUUUGGUAGCUCUGAGUUAUAUGUGUACUUAUUUUUCACUAGAUCUCUAGUAAUUUUCAGAGGCAGUAGCUUCUCAGCUGAAUCCAACACAGAGUUUACCUCUGGACCUUACCUCUGAAUUUUUUUGCAUUUAUACAUUCAAUUCUGCUUGUCUUUCAAAUGUAUUUAGUGCUUCCUCUUUUUAAAAAGACCAUUUAAAAGGAUAGGGCUUUUUUAUUUAUAAUACAGUUUUUGUUGAGAGUAUUUUGCCUUUUUUAAAAUAGCCCAAUUUAAAAGUCAGAAGUGAUUUUAGCCUUUUCCAUUUAACAUUGAUUUCUUUUCAAAAUAAUGGAAGGGAAAUUUCUCCCCUUAUUUAUCCUUUUCCUCCAACAUAAUCGAUACUUUGGAAUGUAUCAAGUAUUGCUCUUUUCUUAAAGAGUAUCUGCGACAAAUAAUAGUUUUAUUUAAACAGGUAUUUAAACUCAGAGGAUACUUUCUUCUAAUUAUAAAGAAAGUCUUUUUCUGGCCCAACUGAUAGCUGUUUAAACCCUGUUAUUAAAUUGAUUUCAAUAAUAAAGGAAUUUCAAAUGUUGCAGCUCUAGUUCUGAAAUUACACUAGAGGCCAAACAGUAGAAAUAUACUGAGGGCUUAAAAAAAGCCCACCAACUUUGGAGUUAAUCCCAUUUUUAUUGUUUUCUAAACUACAUGAGAAUCUUUUCAUUGUUAUAAAGCUUACUUUUCAAUAAUACAGCUGAUUCAGUCACUGGCUUGGCAUGGCUCAAAAGCUUCUUAGCAUAGAUAUAAUUACCAAAUGCUGAAAAUCCUGGGGGCACUUUAAUGUGGAGCUUUAGUAGCUUGUCACAUUAUACAUUGUUUGAUUUACUCAUGGUUGGAAAUGCUAACAACCUGCAUCAAUGUUCGCUUGUGAUACAUCACAUCACCAUCUCUAUAGCAAAACCCACGCAGGAAAAGUUACAGUUCGUCACCACUCAGCUCUGAAAUAGGAGCAAAGCUGUCUUAGCAUGGGAGUGAAAUCAGCUUUACCCAGCAUGUAGGGAUUGAUUGUAUAUUUAUUAGCAACUCCCAAGGCGAUUGCCUACUGUAUAUUUUUUAUUUCUAUUACUGUAUAAUGUCUUAGAUUUAGCAUAGCAUUUAUAGCUCAGGACUCCAUUGCACUAUUGUCAUCAUGUUCUGAGGCUUUAUACACUAAUAACUUAAAAUCCAGAGAAAGCAGGAAUUUUAUUACCAGGACUAUCCCACACGGAAAAGAAAGAUAAGACACAUUGCACGACCACACUACUAGGCUUUAAGCUCAAGAUGUUGCUCAAGGGAAGUCUUCCUAAAAAUAAUAAGACUUCUGUCCCAGAGAUGAAGAGCAAUGUCUUAGUUCCCCACAGAAUAAGAUGCUCAACUACCUCAUGUCUCUUGGAUGAUAAAUGAUGCCCUUAGACACAAACUAGCAUCUAUUCAAAUGACAGAUACCAUUGUUAAGACUAUGUUACAUUCUUAUUUUCCCUGACUCAGUGUUGUGGUAUAGAUAGUCCAAUAAAAAGCCACAGCUCUGGCACCCAUCUCCUCUUAGUCACCUGCUUUGAGCCACCUACAUUUUCAUACUACAUUUUCAGUGUGGAAAAAUAUCAAAUCCACUAAGAUAGUCAUUUCCCUCCAGUUCAGCUACUCGUAGUUUAAAAAACCAAAUACAUCAUUAUUACCCAUGUGAUUUAACUGCAAGUCUUCCUCUAACUCAGUCUUGAAUUUUCAGCCAAGCUGGUCACUCUUUCCCUCAGCUGUACCUCUUGUGGAAGCAGACCCACGCUGGGGACUGGUGCUCUCCCACUGUCCCCGUGAGACGGCAGGUAUAUGCUGAUGGAGUAGUCAGUCCACUUGCAAAAGAAGAAGGCUUUUGAUACAAGCAUAUGAAAGAUGCAGUAUCAUCUGCUUGCUAAUCAUGUUGGCUGUUUUGGUAACAAGCCAGGAGGAAAAGACUGAGUGAAGCAAUUGAAUAACUUGACAGUUCUAGAAAAUAUCUUCUUGAAAGACUUUAUAAUCUGAUAAAGGAAGCAGCUGACAUACGUUAGUUUCUCUCUUCUGACCUUCCUUCCCAUCAUUGAGAAAGAGCUAUGUGUGAUCCAUAUUUUUUCCCUCAAGCCACAGAAAGUUCGUUAGCAUCAAGGAAAGAGACCUUCCAUUUUCUUUGUAUCCUCCUGCUGUCAUUCAGCAGACUAAUUCUUCAUACAAUUGAUACUAUUCUAAAGCUACUUUACUAAAACUCCAGAGAUUUAAGAUUUCUGGUAUAAACAGUGGGUCUUUCGUGGGCAACAGUCCAAAAAGCACUAGCUCUAUUUAGUGUCUGGCCUCUGUUUGAGCCAUGUGCUUUUUGUCAGUCCUUCAUAUGUUCUGUCAUGUCCUGAGGCAUAGACCCUGGCAACACUUGAAAGACAUCUUACUGCAGAGGGAGGGAUUUUACAGGAAAUCCAGGAUCAAACAUGGUAUUUUAAAUAUAGAAUGUAGGAAAACUGCUUGGCUGUUACUAUUGUACAUGUUCCCUAACUGCACGUGCAAUGUAUGCUGUAUGUAAUUUUCCCAGAGGAAAUUCCAUAUAAUUGGUCGUUUCUUCUCAGCAAAAUACCAUUUAAAUGCUAUUAUUUAAAAAGGUUGAACCCAAACAUUUUGUAUACAUACCCACUUCUCAUGCUAUUGUUUUGGCAUGAAUUAAGCUCAUUUUGAACUGCUAGGUUGCAGGAGACCCCACAGAAAGUUCUUUUGCUUUUAAUGUCUCUGUUGCUGUUCUUUUGAUUCAUACACCAUUAAUUGGCAGACACUUGCUUUUACGGGAGUAGACAGCCAUCAUUCAUAUCCUGGACUGCUUCACUAAGUUUUAUGAGGCAUUGGCAAACAUUUAAGUAUUUCUUUCCCAAGAACCAAAAUUAAACCAUAGAUCAGCAAUUUCAAAAGAGAUGAGAUUUACAAAUGUUUUAUUUGCAGUGUCCCAUUAAAACAUCUUUAAAAGGGCCUAAAGAACUCAAGACAGUUACCACAGCUCAACAAAUGACAGUAUAUAAUCUACCUGCAAAAAUUGUGUGCACUCUGUAGUGGUAAAAUUGGAUAACUUUGUUUUGAUAUACUUUUUUUCUCAGGGCUAGAAAUAUUUAUGGUCCACAGAUCAGCUCAUGUGCCAGAACUCAGUCUCUUUAAAGGCCAACGUGGUGUUUCAGAUUAGACCCUUGAACUGGUUUGGAGUCUUGAUUAUGGUACAGGGGGACAGAUCUUCUGGAAACACUUCCAGAAAAUCUCCUCCAAAGCUAAACGCUUUUUCAGUCUACCUUCCUCUAAUUCACAUCCAUGUUCUUGUUGGUGACUGUGGGCUGACCUAGCUGAUUAGUGGAAAGUUUAGAUGUUAGAAUAUGAAGCUAAACUGUUUAAAAUACAUCACAGAAGUCAGACCUUUAAGUGAUCAUACCAGGUUCAUAUCUGUACACAAGCUGAAAGUAGCAUAUGGACUAUUUUAAGCAAAGCUGACCAGAAAUCACUAUAUAGGGAUGUAUCUGUGAGCUGCUUGGAUACCUGCAUUAAUACAGCUCUCCAUUUACUAAACUAAUAUUAUUUGGUACACGAGAAAGCUAGCCACAUUCUGGCUUCCUUCAGGAAAAAGGGAUGUUAGCACAGGAUAGUGCAAAACAGACAGGAAAUCUUUUUAGAAUGUAUUUUACAGAAAAUAAACCUUCACUUAAGCCCUGUUACAUCUGUGACCUUUCAUCACUGAGUUUUAGAGAGGACUAUAUACAGGUAAUAGUUAUAUCUCAGAUAUGACCGUGUGAGUGUUUCCGUGCUGUGGAAAAUAGGUUUUGUUCAGCCAUUUCAGUCUGUGGUAACUCAGGAGCAUUGCACCAAGGACUUGCCUCCCUCUAAUCCAUAUUUGCAAGGGACAGUUUUUGCUGACAAUUAGCCAAGACCCUGCAGGCUGGCUGAGGAGGCAAGCAUGUGUUUCUUAGCUGUGAUUUGAUGUACUAUUACGUGGGUUUGCACGCUUAAUCCUAACUGGGGAAUGACGAGACUUGUAAGCCAUGCCAUGCACAGAGAAACUUUUCCUAGUCCAAAAUAUUUCAAGUUUUGCACAUUGUUCCUAAUAAGAAUUAAAUCUACAUAGGACCAAGAUCCUCAGCUGGUGAUUAAUUUGUACAGUGGUACUGUUCACUGGCUGAGAUUGAUUUUAGAUGAUAUACAUGCAUCAGAGACUGCUGUAGAGAACUGGAUGGGAGGUAAUGAUAUUUCAACCAGCAGAAAAGCAUAACAGAGUAAUAUAGCUGCAUUUAACUAUAGAAUUUGAUCAGUGGUCCUUUGCCAUUUAAAAACAAUACAAUUUAGAUAAAGUGCAGUCACUGUAUGACUGACAGAGAAACAGAAGGAACCUGUAAGUAACAGAUAUCGUGAUUGAAUUCGGUGAAGCUGUCCUCGAAGUCUCAGGAUGCAAAGGGUUGGGCUGGAGCCAAGAAGGGGAGAACAUGAUGGGCUUAAGUCUCAGCUCAGCAGUGCAGUCAUCACAUCAGUAAACCAUUACUGCCAUAGCUUUCCUGUUGAGAACGCUGGGCUGGUUUUGCCUAAGCACUAAUGGGUCACCUGUGUGCUUUGCUUUCCUCCUUUCUAAAGGUGUUUCCUUAGCUGCCAUACUAAACAAAGUUGCUUAAUUUCUUUAAUAAAGGGAACAGAAUAAAUUCAGUGAACUAAGAAGAUUACUAAGCCUUAAACUGUCUCUCUUGUAAAGGUGUCAUGUUGUUUCUUGGUCACUGCCAAGAAGCCUAAAACUUGCAGGUGACCUGCAUUUGUCAUUUAUGUUGCACUCUGUGAGCCUGUCUGCAAGGCUGAGCUUUUGUUUGCUGUGGGUAGCGUCAGUUAAAGGGAGAAUGUCCAAAUAGUACAUUUUGAAAAUAACUUCUAAUAGGUCUGACAGAUUUGCCUUACAAAUAGAAGCUUUAUAGUGAGCAUUUACUUGGUUUACACCAGUGUUUUACUUAAUUUUUAAUGCCUUUUUAUAGCAGGGACUAGACUUUACCUUAGAUAAAGGUAACUCUGUAUAGGAAAUAUUUUAAUAUUUUUACCAGUUUUUUUAAUUUUCAUAGAAUAUAAGUGUAUAUUGUAAGGCGAGAAAUUCAACUUUUAUGUAACAAGGUUAUCACACGAGACCUAUUUCUCCAUUAUAAUAUUUUGUAGUCAGCCAGUCUAGUUCAAUAAUAUGUUGGCCUUUGAUUAUAAAUGUAAAAAUGUGAUAAGGGAGAAUAAAAGUAUUAUCUACAGCUAAAUGCACAUUGUAGCACUAUAUUCUCCAUUGCUGCCUUAAUCUCAUAAAAGGAAGUCAUGUGGUUUUUAUUUAUAUUCUAAAAAAAGAAAAAAAAAAAACCCAACCAAAAAAUCCAAAGCAUCCUUUGGCUGCAAUUUUGUGUUGUUAAGACAACUUAACGUUAAACCAAAUGUGUUAGUGUCCAGAAGGUCUAUUACCAAAGCAAGAGACCACAUUGCAGUUUUCAGGAAUAAGUUUUCAUAGGAGUUCAAAACCUGCCACUAGUAUAAUAAAAAUACUCUCCAAAGUACUGCAGUGACCAAAAACAUCCAAACACCACAUUUCCAUGUCUGAUUCCAUUAGUUGUAUAAUCUGCAGGUCCAUUUGCCUUCUUUUAAGUCUGGAUAUCAGGGGGGAAAUGGCAUUUCAAUAUUGUUUGUUUGGUUUUGAAAGGGAGACACAUACAUGCCCAUGUGUGUAAUUAGAAACAACUAUAUUUCUUAUAAAUAUGGAUAUGGAUGUGUGUGAUAUGUGCUGGUUAACUAUAAUCAAAAUGCUGAUAAAGAUGGUGAAUGUAAAGUAUUUGUCCUCAUUCCUCUGUCUUUCUGUGGUCCGUGUAAAUAAGAACUGUUUUAAGCUGUGCAUUAAUGUAACAGAUUAUUCCAAUAUUGUGUAUAGAAUUAUUUAAAUAAACUCUGACAAAUAUGCACAUAAAAAGAGUAUAAAUAAAAAAGUCUUAUGUACCAAGAAUUAGCUUAUGACAGCCCAUUAAAAGCUGAAAUGAAA